CCUCCAGGCCCCACCCCGCAACAGCAAGCAGAAGAAAAAUAAGAUCAAAAAAGAAAGAAAGAAAAUCUUCCCAUCUCCUGAAAAUUGGGCCGCAGUCGUCUCUCUCUCCCGGAUCCGAAGAGGCGAAGUUCCAGACCCCGGAGGAUCCCGGCGCGCGACGGCGAUGGGGGAGGCGGAGGCGAGCGCCGGCGGGGGAGGAGAUCCGCAGAGGCUCAAGCGGAUCGCGGCCGCGGCGUACGACUACGAGAACGACGCGCGGUGGGCGGGGUACUGGUCCAACGUCCUCGUGCCGCCCCACCUCGCCUCCCGCCCCGACGUCGUCGACCACUUCAAGCGCAAGUUCUACCAGCGAUACGUCGAUCCUAGUUUGAUUGUUGAGCCAAUGUCCUCCAUGACUUCAACUCAGUCCACUAGACCAGCAGCAAGGUCUUCAUCUACACCAUCCGGUGAGAAUGUCAGAGCUCAUGAGUCAGGAUCUAGUGCGAGAUCAGCUGCUGCCAACCAACCACCAGCAGUAGAGAGGAGUGGAAAUUCUUUACGGUUAGAUGGACGGACAAUACACUUCUCUAUCAACGCCUGGGUACUGGUUGUUGCUAGUCUUGGAAUACUUCCUAUUCUACCUAACCAUAUCUCAAGUAAAGUAUACAGACUUUCAUUGUUAGGGACAAUCUGCUCCUCCACGUAUUCAUUAUACUGCACUUAUGGGAAACCAAGGGCAUGGAACAUGCCUGCAAUUCAGCCUUGGUUGCAAUCUAUAAUUGUAGCCAAGGACUUUGUUCAUUUGAUGUUCUCUCUUAUGAUGUUCACGUCUAAUGUGCACUUCAAGAUUGCUCUGCUUCCUGUGCUUUGUUGGGCACUUGAUCAUGUUGCUCGAUUCCUAAGACGUAAUUUUACACACUCUUCUUUAUACAGGAAGUAUUUGGAGGACCCUUGCCUGUGGGUAGAGACAAAUAACACUACACUCAGCCUACUUUGCUCGAAUGCUGAGAUUACCCUGGGGUUUCUUAUGAUCAUCUCACUUUUCUCAUCGAGGCGCAACAUAAUUCAGACGUUCAUGUACUUUCAUCUAUUGAAGCUGAUGUACCAUGCUCCUGUGACAUCCGGCUACCACCAGAGCGUGUGGGCAAGAAUAGGCCGGGCUGUAAACCCGUACAUUUAUCGCUAUGCGCCAUUCCUCAACACACCCAUUUCGGCAGUUCAAAGAUGGUGGCUGAGGUAGAAAAUCAUGGAUUCUGGAUAUCCUUUCAUCAGAGGAGAUCCUACACUGAGCUCCAAUUUUCUAGAAGAUGCUCAAUACGUCGCAUGUGCAGCGUUCUAUUCUUAUGCAACAUUGUAUUCUUGUUUCAUGACUCACUGAACUACUGAAUGCAUAACACCAGAUAAAUUUCUCACACUGCACGCAGUUGCUUUUGAGCGAACCGUCCACGAUUUGAUUGGAUACAGCUACAGUGAUAGCUCAGAAUUUCUGAGGAUGCUUGUUGCAAUCUGGAAUAGGAUGGUGAACAAUGAAAUACGAGUGACACUAUUGAUUCUCA